GGGGCCUCAUGGCGUCAGAGCAAAGAUGGCGGCCUCAGCGGCGCUGUUCUCGCGCUUGCGGAACGGGCUUCGGUUCGGCGCGCGGGGGCUGUGCACAAGGCUGGCGACACCGCCCUCCCGGACCACAGAACAGGCUACAGAGAUCGGGAGCCAUGGGGGUGCUAAAGCCCAGGGGUCACAGCAGCAGUCAAGCUCUGAAGGCCCCAGCUAUGCUAAAAAAGUUGCACUCUGGCUUGCGGGUUUGCUGGGAGCCGGCGGAACUGUGAGCAUCAUCUAUAUUUUUGGAAACAACCCUGUGGAUGAAACUGGUGCCAAGAUUCCUGAUGAGUUCGACAAUGAUCCGAUUCUCAUUCAGCAGUUGCGUCGGACAUACAAAUAUUUCAAAGAUUAUAGACAGAUGAUCAUUGAGCCCACCAGCCCUUGCCUUCUCCCAGACCCUCUGCGGGAGCCGUACUACCAGCCACCCUACACGCUCGUUCUGGAGCUCACUGGUGUCCUCUUGCACCCUGAGUGGUCGCUGGCUACUGGCUGGAGGUUUAAGAAGCGCCCAGGCAUCGAAACCUUGUUCCAGCAGCUUGCCCCUUUGUACGAAAUUGUCAUCUUCACUUCGGAGACCGGCAUGACGGCGUUUCCACUCAUUGAUAGCGUGGACCCUCAUGGCUUCAUCUCCUAUCGCUUGUUCCGGGACGCCACGAGAUACAUGGAUGGGCACCAUGUGAAGGACAUUUCGUGUCUGAAUCGGGAUCCAGCCCGCGUGGUCAUUGUGGACUGCAAGAAAGAAGCCUUCCGCCUACAGCCCUACAAUGGUGUUGCCCUGCGACCAUGGGACGGCAAUUCCGAUGACCGGAUCUUAUUGGACCUGUCUGCCUUCCUUAAGACCAUUGCACUGAACCAGGUGGAGGAUGUCCGGACCGUACUGGAGCACUAUGCCCUGGAAGAUGACCCGUUGGAGGCUUUCAAACAGCGACAGAACCAGCUUGAGCAGGAGGAGCAGCAGCGCCUAGCGGAGCUCUCCAAGUCCAACAAGCAGAACCUCUUCUUCAGCUCUCUCACCAGCCGCUUGUGGCCUCGCUCCAAACAGCCCUGACUGCUGGGCAUCCUCAAACUCAGUGCCUGGGUCCACUGGGCCCCAGGGCUGCCAGACUAAGGGUGGGGCAGCCACAGGUCCAAUAAAGUGCAUCCCAGAUGUCACAA